AUGGGUGCUUUAUUUUCAUUGUGUACAGUUGGUCAACUGGCAUGUUGUUGUGGUCAAGCAGCAUGCUCUCUCUUUGCGUGUUGCCCGUCAUGUGGUAAUUCAACAUCGACAAAAGUGAUGUACGGCCUUAUGUUACUAGUAGCUAUUAUAUUAUGCUGUAUCACACUCGCCCCUGGACUACAAUCGUUUUUACAAAAAGUACCAUUUUGUGAAGGUGAUCACAACUCCGGUUUAACUAGUAACUUUGUCAAUAAUAUAUCUGGUGUUUCUAUCGAUUGUAAAGAUGCUGUUGGUUACAUGGCUGUUUAUAGAAUUUGUUUUGCCAUGUUUAUAUUCUUUUGUCUCAUGUCAUUUAUUAUGGUUGGUGUGAAGAAUUCUAAAGAUGGACGAGCUCCUAUACAAAAUGGAUUUUGGGGCUUGAAAUAUCUUAUUGUGUUUGCUGGUAUUGUUGGUUCAUUUUUCAUUGCACCAGGAAGCUUUAGUCACAUAUGGAUGAUUUUUGGUAUGAUUGGAGGUUUUAUUUAUCUUAUUCUCCAAUUUGUACAAGUUUUAGAUUCAGCACAUUCAUUGGCUGAAUCAUGGCUGGAUAAAUGGGAACAAACUGAAGAUAAAAGAUGGUAUUUUGCAUUACUAUUUACUACAUUAAUAUCAUAUGGACUAGCAAUUACUGGAGUUAUUAUUAUGUAUCACAGUUUUACCCAGGAAAAUGGAUGUUCCUUGAACAAAUUUUUUAUCAUAUUAACAGUUUUAAUAUGCUUCGUUAUUAGCUCAAUUUCAAUUACUUCAUGUGUACAACGUGUGCAUGAAAAAUCUGGCUUAUUGCAAUCAUCUAUUGUAAGCUUGUAUGUGGUGUAUCUUACUUGGUCAGCACUCAAUAGUGGUCCAGAAACUCAAUGUAAUAAGAGCUUGGCAGAAAUCCUGAGUCUAUCUAAUUCAGAUGGUUCUAAAGUACACUUUGGUUCAGAAAAUUUUGUCAGUAUUGGAAUUUUUAUUUUAUUUGUAUUAUAUUCUGCUAUAAAAACAGGAUCAUCCUCAAAAUUCUCUAUGAGUAAUUCUACAGAAAGAAGCAAUGAUAGUGAUCUUGAAGGAGGUCCAGUGUCAGGUAGUGAUGAUAAUUCUGGUAAAUUAUUUGAUGAUGAAAAAGAAGGAGUUGCAUAUUCAUGGUCAUUCUAUCACUUCACAUUUGCAAUGGCCACUUUAUUUUUAAUGAUGACACUCACAAAUUGGUACUCACCCAACUCCAGCUUAGAAAACCUUCAUCCAGAUUAUGCUUCUACAUGGAUUAAGAUGUUAUCUUGUUGGGUCUGUGCUGGGCUUUAUGUUUGGACAUUAGUUGCACCAAUUGUAUUACCAGACCGUGAAUUUUAAACUGUAUUAUUAUUAAAAUUAUUAAGUUGUUUUAAGCUCAUCUAUUAAUAUCUUAUUAUUAUUAGUAUUUAAUUUUUUUAUAAUAGUUAAACAAUAUGUUUUAACUAUGGUAAAUUAUUCCUGUCUAUUCUACCACAAUUAAAUCAAUUACAAGUAUUCACGAUCAACAUAAAUAUUAAA